UGACACACAGCCCUGGCCACAACUCAUUCAGAUCAGAAGUUCAGUUUCAGACGGAGAGCUUCUGAGGCCCUAAACAAAGGGAUAAGACCCCGUGAAUAUGUCAAAACAGCCGGUUUCCAAUGUCAGAGCCAUCCAGGCAAAUAUCAACAUCCCCAUGGGAGCCUUUCGGCCAGGAGCUGGGCAACCCCCCAGAAGAAAAGAGUGUACUCCGGAAAUGGAGGAGGGUGCUCCUCCCACCUUGGAUGAGGAGAAGAAGCCAAUUCCAGGAGCAAAGAAACUUCCAGGACCUGCAGUCAACCUAUCGGAGAUCCAGAAUAUUAAAAGUGAACUGAAGUAUGUCCCCAAAGCUGAGCAGUAGUUGGAAGAAAGAAGGCUUGAUGUGAAGAAUCGAAGAGAACGAGAAUGGAUUCAAAUGAAAAUAGCUCAUGAAAAGAUUUUAUAUAUUUGUAUGAAAAUUAUGAACCUCCUGAAUGCCUGACACUUUAGUAGAAAUGCCUUGUUUGUACAUUUAUAACUCUUCCUUCUAGUUGGCUGCACUUCUUGCUUUAUCUUCAUGUUUGGCACUUUGCACAGCAAAUCAGCUCAAGAAUUCACCAACUGGAGGGUGUGGUUUUGAGGAGAAACAGGAUUUUACUGAGAGAGAUAGGGUAAUAUGCAUAACAAUGAUUUCCAACGGAAGUUCUCUAAACUACUUCACACACUAUUUUGGUCAGUUUUUGGAAUGUAUUUUAGUUCUUCACAUCCUAAAUUAUAUCAAUAAACUUUUUAUGAGUUCAAA